UCUGGGCCAGGAUUUGUGGCAGUGUCCUUGAAUUAUUCCCAGAUAAUACCGGUGUCAGCAAAACGUUUCUGCGAGUGUGUUUUCGGAAUUAAUUAACUGGUUUGAUCUUUAUCCGGUGGCGGAUUAGUUGGUGUAAAAAUGGGAGGCAUUACACAAGUUUCAAGCAACCGUGUUUUUGGAGGAUACCAGAAAAUCUUUUCUCAUGACAGUAAAGAAUUAGGAUGCAAAAUGAACUUUGCUAUAUAUUUACCACCUGCUUCUGAAGAAAAAAAAGUACCAGUGAUAUAUUGGCUUUCUGGAUUGACAUGUACAGAAAAAAAUUUUGUUGAAAAAGCAGGAGCUCAGAGAUAUGCUUCUGAGAAUGGGGUAGCUAUCGUGGGUCCAGAUACUAGUCCUAGAGGAUUAAAUAUACCUGGAGAAGAGGAUGGGUGGGAUUUUGGAACAGGUGCUGGAUUUUAUGUUGAUGCAACUCGAGAACCGUGGAGUAAGAACUACCGUAUGUUCUCUUAUGUCACAAAAGAACUCCCAGAAUUAAUUAAUGAGAAUUUUCCUGUAUUAUCUAAUAGCCAGUCAAUUAUGGGCCAUAGCAUGGGUGGUCAUGGUGCUCUGAUUUGUGCUCUCAAGAAUCCAGGACAGUAUCGUAGUGUAUCAGCAUUUGCUCCUAUUUGCAAUCCCAUAAAAUGCCCUUGGGGAAAGAAGGCAUUUGAUGGCUACAUGGGAUCUGUUGAUAGUAACAAAUGGGCAGAUUGGGAUGCUACAGAGUUGGUGAAAAAAUAUCAAGGGCCACCUCUUGAAAUUCUUAUUGAUCAAGGCAAGGAAGAUCAGUUCCUGAAAGACUUGCAACUUCUUCCAGAAAACUUUGUUCAAGCUUGCACUAACUCUCAGAUGCCAGUAAUUCUACAUAUGCAUGAAGGAUAUGAUCACAGUUAUUACUUCAUUGCAUCUUUCAUUGGACAGCAUAUUCAACAUCAUAUGAGAUAUCUUGUUGCAUAGACGCUAUCAAAAUGUGUGACUCACUGGCUAUAGCACAUGUGGAACUAAUAUUAUUCCCAUAGAAGGAUAUUCAUGAAUGUAAUUCUAUAUUUCUUACUAUGGAGAUGUCAACAUAAUGAACAAAAACCAGGCAUAAGCAUGUUCGCUAUUAUUGGUUAUAAAUCAAAAUGAGUAGCUACCUUUAUCUACCUUUAAAUGGUAGAUAUCCCUUCCUGUUUUUCAGUAAUUGGAGGAGGAUGAAAUAUAAAGAACAUCAAUAUUGUUAUGAAUGAAAAUAAUUAAAAUUGUUCAUUUGAAAUAUAUAUUUUACUUUUUGAAAAUUUUGUUUGCUAAUACAAAACAUUUUCAUUCUUUACGCACCACACAGUUAACAACCCACUUAUGUAUAUACAAAUAUUCUUGUAAUGUAUACAAUGGUAUGAAAAUUCAUUUGGUAGGUGCUGAUGACCGCAACUCAUGCCACCAAUGCAAAAGAGGUUCCCGUUUCUGCCAAAUAUAUGCAUUGCCCCAAUAACACCAAGCACUGCAACAUA